UACGGCUCCCGCCUGGUCUCACCAUCACCGAGUCAAGCGCCAUGGACCUUCUCCGCAAGAUGCAGCUGCUCAACAGAAAGUUUCUCCUGCUAUGAUGGAAGGUCACAUGGGGCCGGAGACGAGCAGUUUCUUCCCUUUUUCGCACAUAGUGACUUGAUGCAGAGUAACCAUGGGAACGUGGCGCAGCCUACGAGUGGCGUUCGUCCUCGGUUCUCUGUUCAUGCUCCUGUUGAUCAUUGCGUACUGGGAUGACAUCGGGAGCUUUAACCUCUAUCCGUUCCAGGAUCUGAAACAUGACUCGCUUCCCUCUGAUUGCGGCUCCCGGAGGCUUCCGUCGGACGCUCUCGUGUCUACUGCCUCCACCAUCGGAGCUCAGAGAAACUCUCCUGUCACGUUUCCUCCAACUGCUAGGAUUACGCUUUCCCCAGAAGACACAGCUCAGGCGCGUGCAGAAGAGGACGCGAGGAAGGAGGGGAAUGCUGUUCCGGCUGGAGACAGGAAUCAGGAUGUGAGGAAACAGAGGGUCGCAGAUGUCUGCUCAGGAAAAAACAAUGUGGAAUUUCCUGGAAGGACUCGAGUGAUUGAGCAGAUUCCUUACAGGGAACUGGACCACCUGAUAGUGGAUGACACACACCAGAUAAUCUACUGCUAUGUUCCCAAGGUUGCGUGCACAAACUGGAAGAAGGUCCUGGUGGUUCUGUCUCAGGCUCUCAUCUCCCCGUCCUCAGGAAAACCUUACACCGACCCGGAGGCAGUUCCUGCUGAUAUAGUACACAACUCCUCACUUCACCUCACCUUUGCCAAAUUCUGGCAUCAUUACGGCUCACUGUCCCGCUACCUGAUGGCGCUGAAGCUCCAGCGCUAUACCAAGUUUCUGUUUGUGCGUGAUCCUUUCGUGCGCCUUAUCUCUGCCUUCAGGAACAAGUUUGGGAGGCCCAACGAGGACUUCUACAAGCAGUUUGGCUCUGUGAUGCUGCGUCGUUUUGGCAACACGUCUGGGAGUCUGCCAGAGACUGCGGCCGAGGCGUUCGCUGCAGGAAUCAAACCCACGUUUCAGCAGUUUAUCGCUUACCUGCUAGACCCAGAAACGGAGAAGGAUGGCGUCUUUAAUGAGCACUGGAGACAGGUGUACCGUUUGUGCCAUCCUUGUCAGAUUAAGUACGAUUUCAUCGGACAUCUGGAAACUCUGGAAGAAGACACAGAGCAUCUACUGAAGCUUCUAAAGGUGGAUCAUCUGCUACGCUUCCCUUCAGGGGCCCGCAACCUCACCUCCACCAGCUGGGAAAGAGACUGGUUUGCACAGAUUCCCAUCGAAACAAGGAAAGAACUCUACAAACUUUAUGAACCAGACUUUGAGUUGUUUGGUUACAACAAACCCGACGGCCUUCUCCAGCAGCAACUUGACUGAGCCAAAGUGGACACAACCACCUCUUGCCUUUCACAGUCUUAGCUUAUGGUGCUGUUUAUCUGUUAUUUAACGUUUGUAUACUUUGACAGAAGUGCCUGCCUCAAUAUUUUAUUUAUUUUUUAAUACAAGUGAACAUGUUAAACUCCACACAAAGUCACUUUGAUUAAGUUUUAUGAGUAGAAUUGUAUUUUGAAGCGUUGGGAAGUGCAAACUCAAGGAAGUUCUGUUGCAAAAAAAAAUUAAAGAGCCUGAAAAAUCAAAA